AUGAGGGCCUGUGUAUUUUUUCUGGGCCUCCUGGCAUCAGCAGUAAUUGUAUCUGUAAGAGGCAAACCUCAUGGAAAGCAUCAAACUCAUUCCAAACUAAGCCAGUCUCCUCAAGAGAAGGAGACAGGCUCUUUGGAACCAAAUGAGGAUAAAGGUUUGGUUCUUCCCACUGUCUUCCCUGUCGAGGCCAGUAGUCAAGGGGAGGAGGGUGAGAUCUUGAACUAUGAGAACGAUGGCGAGGACUCCGACCGAGGGGAGGCGACCGCAUUGGAGGAGAUGGAAGGAGGUGAAAAGAUCUCUCCCGUUCUGCUGAGUGAAGAGGCGCUAACUCAGCUUCUGCAGGGUUCUGAGGAGGCUCAAGAACUUGGAGAAGAUGAAGAGCAAGAGGACGUGAAAAAGCAAGGAGAAGAGGAACCCGUGGAGGUGAAGGAGAGUGAUUUAGUAGAGGCUGGAGGAGAUGAGAAAACCAAGGAGGUGGUUGGAGGAGAAGCAGUGGAAGGAGACUACCUGGACAGCAGCUCAGAAUCGGAGAUUCCAUUCAAUCUAGAUUAUGCUGCUGACAGCGAUGCCUCAGAGCCCCUGGUGACCAAGUUGGAGGAAGCAGGGGUCAAGACUGAAAACAUUAACCUCUCCACUAAGAAGGAUGGAAAGAAAAAGGAAGAGAAAAAGGAUGAAGGUGUGCUCCCCACCGCUAUGGCAGACUAUGACCCACAAGAGACCAAAGAGGAUCCUGAAGAACAUCAGGAACAAGCAGAUAUGCCUGUAGAGGAAUCCCAGGGAAAGGAAUCUAAACCAUCUGAGGCGGAUGAAAAUGAGAAAAACGACAGUACCAAGUCAAAGGAUGAUGGAGAAGCUAACCAGCAGGAGACCAAUAACAGUGUGGAGGUUGAGGCAACCCAUGUCUCUGAUGCAGAGGUGGAAGAAAAGGACAAGGAUAAGAAUGAAAGCAGCGGUCAAAGAAAGGGUAAAACCAGGAAACAGAGGAAGAACCAGCGUGUUAGGAACGUCCAGGGAGACGAGGGAAGCGUGGAGGAGGUUCCAGAGGAGCACGGCCCGAAAAAAGAUCAGGAGAAAGAACCGGAUUCUACAGACAACACCAUCCAAAAAUCUAAGAAAAGAAAACUUGGGAAAUGGGGUCCUUUGGUGGGAAUGAACCCAGUACAGAUCAGAGCCACAGUGGAGCUGUAUCCCAGCCUCUGGCCUCCGCACAGAUCCAACGGACAGGAAGCUUCGGACGAUCCUUGCGAGAACUAUCGCUGCAAGAGAGGAAAAAUAUGCAAAGUUGACAAGGAUGGAAAGCCCGGGUGUGUUUGUCAAGACCCUUCAGAAUGCCCUCCAAGUGUGAAGGAAUUCGAACACGUUUGUGGUACGGACAAUAAAACCUAUGACACAUCUUGUCAGCUCUUUGCCACAAAAUGCGGCUUUGAGGGCACCAAAAAGGGGCACAAGCUUCAUUUGGACUACACUGGAUCUUGUAAAUUUAUUGCCCCGUGCCUGGAUACAGAACUGGCGCAGUUCCCAUUGCGUAUGCGCGACUGGCUGAAGAACGUGCUGCUGCAGCUUUAUGAACAUGACUCCAUGGCCCCCGGAUUCCUGACUCCCAAACAGCGGGCCAGGGUCCAAAAGAUUUACGAGAACGAGAGACGCCUUCACGCGGGCGAACACCCCAUUGACCUGCUGGUCCAGGACUUUGAGAAGAACUACAACAUGUACAUCUACCCUGUUCAUUGGCAGUUUGCGCAAAUAGAUCAGCAUCCCUCUGACAGGUUACUCUCCCACUCUGAGCUGGCUCCUCUUCGCGUGCCUCUGGUUCCCAUGGAGCACUGCACCUCGCGCUUCUUCCAGGAGUGCGACGCUGACAAAGACAAACUGGUCUCCUUCAAGGAGUGGUGUCGUUGCUUCGGCAUCAAGGAAGAGGACAUGGACACAAAGCUGUUGUUCUGA